AUGUCGAGAAAUGACGGAAAGCCGCAACUAUUCCGAUCUCAGCAGUCGCAAGCGGCCACACCGAGCGCAGCGCAAUUGCAGCUACUGCAGCAGCAGCAACAGCAGUACCUGGCCCAACAGCAGCAGGCCGCCUUCCCUCAGCCGCCCUAUCUGGUCAACCCCCAGCAGGAACCCUAUCUGAUAACUGCCGGGGUACCGCAGUACUACGGCGUCGGUCCGUGGGUGUACCCCGCGCCUCCUGCAAAUCUCAUACAGCAGGGUAGCGCCAGCAACGGGGCCAGGAGGCCCCUGACCCCAAAUGGAACGGCUGAGGCCCAACAACAAGUGCAGCCGCAAGUACCCGGAGGUUACAUUGUCCCCUAUUAUGAUCAGAACACCCCGAUCCUUAUGGCACAGAGUGCUGCUAUGCGGAAUGGCACCCCAAUGCGACUUGUCAGUCCAGCACCGGUCCUCGUACAGCCGCAGGCCAACAGGCAGACCCAGGCCGCUGCGGCCGCUGCAUCUCUGUAUUCCAGUACCCCGCAAAGCUUGUAUGGUGCUAACGUCAACACCUCGGUUAAUGGGACCACACUUGGAGGUGUGGCACAAGGUGUGGGUUCUGGGUUGUUCCCAACAUUACAUGCAGCACCUCCGUCUGCACCAUUCGGCAGCUCAUCUUUAGGGAAUAUUGGCUCAUCUGCUACCACAACAUCCUUACAUACAGAUAAUCUUACAGGACUGGGCCUGAAUACCACGACAACUUCGCGCAGAGACUCUUUCGACCGUAACACUUCAGCUUUCUCGCCCUCGUUGGAUUAUAGACAGAAGUGGCCGACCUCGUACAACAUCGGGAGCAGUCCUAGUCCCCUGACCGGCAGUUUGACACCUCCGCCAACAGCUCCUUUACAGCUCGGCGGCCUGGUCAAUUCGAGAGUGCUGUCAGCAGCACCGGGCGCAGAAGCCAAGUACAGGAACUCCGUGGCUGCAGGACUGAACACAACUGCUAUAUUCGGCUCUACCAAUUCGCUGUUCACAAAAAUCAAUUCAUCUCUUACCACUGUGCCCAGCACACUCGACAAAGGACCUCAGGGAAGAUCCAGACUGCUCGAAGAUUUCAGGAAUAACAGAUAUCCGAAUUUGCAACUAAGGGAUCUGGCCAACCACAUUGUGGAAUUCUCCCAAGACCAGCACGGCUCCAGAUUCAUUCAGCAGAAGCUCGAAAGGGCCACUGCCACCGAAAAACAGAUGGUCUUCAAUGAAAUUUUGUCCGCUGCUUACAACCUCAUGACGGACGUCUUCGGAAACUAUGUAAUACAAAAGUUCUUUGAAUUCGGCACACCGGAACAGAAAACAACUUUGGCCCAGAAGGUUAGGGGACACGUGCUUCCUCUCGCCCUCCAAAUGUACGGUUGCAGGGUAAUACAGAAAGCGCUGGAGUCCAUUCCGGCCGAACAGCAACAGGAAAUCGUGAGGGAACUUGACGGGCACGUUCUGAAGUGCGUCAAAGAUCAAAACGGCAACCACGUCGUGCAGAAAUGCAUUGAAUGCGUUGAUCCCAAUGCGUUACAGUUCAUCAUCCAGUCAUUCUCAGGACAAGUCUAUACGCUUUCGACACACCCAUACGGUUGCCGGGUCAUCCAACGCAUCUUGGAGCACUGCACUCCAGAACAGACCGCACCCAUCCUGGCCGAGCUGCACCAACACACUGACCAACUUAUCCAGGACCAAUUUGGAAAUUACGUCAUCCAACAUGUUCUAGAGCACGGUAAACCAGAAGACAAAUCUCAGCUGAUCAACAGCGUCCGUGGAAAGGUUCUAGUUCUGAGUCAGCACAAGUUUGCCAGUAACGUCGUGGAAAAAUGCGUCACUCACGCUACAAGAGCUGAAAGGGCAUUGUUAAUCGAGGAAGUGUGCGGAUUUAAUGACAACGCACUCCACGUAAUGAUGAAAGACCAAUAUGCCAACUAUGUGGUACAAAAAAUGAUCGACGUCAGCGAACCGACACAGCGCAAGGUGCUGAUGCACAAGAUCAGACCACACCUGAACUCUCUGAGGAAAUACACUUAUGGCAAACACAUAAUUGCCAAGCUGGAGAAGUACUUCAUGAAGGCUCCCGGCUCAUUGGGCUCCAUCGGAGGGGAGCUGGGCCCCAUCGGCCCGCCCACCAAUGGCGUCCUUUAAUUUUAAUCAAUCAUGUUUCAUUUCAAUCAUGCUUAUUAAUUUAAAUAGAUUUUUACGUUUUCGACUAAUUGUGUGUUAGUUGAUCAUGUCGGAUACACACAGUUCCAGUAUUUUCAUUUUAUUUUCUCUUCAAUUUUAAUGGUUUAUAAUUUUUUUUUCGUAAUUUUUUAUCAUGAUUUUUAUUUUUUAAGGUUAGCAUAGUUAAGAUUAUCGUGUAUACAUAUAUUGUCUGUAUUAUAGCUGUAAUUUAUGUAAUUUGUCUUUAGCAUCUUAUAUUCAUUGUUGCGUUGAUUGGCUUUUGUUUUAUAACUUUUCUCUCACGCUCAUCUCUUACUUUAUACGUAUUACAUGUAUAUUUUUUAUGGUUUAAUUGCAAUUAUUUAGUCGGAUUUAAUUUAUUGGAUGGGUUUGGAGUUUUGAUUUUAAGAUUUGGAUAAAACAAAAGGCAAGCGCAAUUUCAAAUAACGUGCAUGUUCAUUUGUGUCUCCUAACAAUAAUACAUAAAUGGUUGUAUAGAAAAUUUGUAAGAAACGAAUCUCAAAUUUUAUUUUGAUUUUGGAAUGGAUGGAAAAUUCGGAACCACAAAUUGUACAUAAACAGUGUUUUAAACAUAUACACGGAACCAACAGGAAAACUUGGAAAUUUUUUAAGUGUCCCCAACUUUUUCAGACAGUACGUUAAUAAUUGUGAUACGGUCCUCAGGAAAUAGACUUGAACAUCAUCAACAUUAUGAAGUUCAUCCAAAUCAAAUUUUUUCUAGAGCCACACACCGCACACCAUUGACGCUGUUUCUCUUUCUCUCUUCCCGGUUUUCUCAGUCCUUUCUGCGGAUCCCUCAAAAUCCAAAGUCAGCGUUUCGCUACACACACACACACAUACACAUAACGUUGCAUUUAUUAUAGGAAUUAGGCAUUUUUAUCAUAUUAGAAAUUAUUAGAAGUCGUGUUUUAACGCCGGAUUCUAUUGAUUUCGUCAAAUACUUCACGGACCUCGAGGAGUUGCCCGAUCUUGUCCCUUUUGUGGCGAAUGUAUUUGUCACACGUGAGGGGGGGAGACGGGAACUGGCAAACUGCAUACAUUUGUUGAAUUUGCAAAAAUAUAUAUUUAUUUAUCGUGAUUUCAUUGAGUGAGUUAUUUUAUACAUUGUAAAAAAAGCGAGUUGUCAUGUGUAAAUAUAAGUUUUAUCGAAGGCUAGGUUGUAAAAAAUGUAUAAUUUCCGUGUAAAUAGUGAAGUAUUUAAUUGGAAUUGAGAGAAUUCAGAGACGAAUAUAUGGUCUGUUUGAAAACUUUAAAAGAAUUUCCUUGUAAUUUAGAUGAAUUAAUGAGCUGUUAUUAAUAUAUUAACAUAGGAAUUAUAUAAAGUAGAAUUUGAUGGCACGUUUCCUUUAAUUGAUAAAAACAUAUGUAAAGUGUAUUUGUAAUAAUUGUAAAGUUCUUUUCGUAAAUUCCAUUAUAUUAAAUAAUAGUUAUGAUUACGAUUAUAAUUUAAUUGCAUUUAUGACUGUUUCUGUGUUUUUGAACUAAUCUCUAUAAAUUAUUACAUAUUUGUAUCAUCAAGUCGUAUAUCACCAUAAUUUUUAAUAGUAUUAGGACAAAAACACUGUUGUGAGUGCUUUUUUUACACCGGCGGACAUUCCACGUUCGAAUAUUUCCACACGGUCGCGGCGUAAGUCAAAAUAGCUUUUAUAAAUUGACAGGUUUUCUGAAAAUGAAAUAUUACGUUUCCAUCUCUAAUAAUUUUAGUUAUUUGUUGCUAAUGUGUUGUUUGUUUAAACUUUUAACACUAAUCUCAUAAUGCCAGGAUUGCGGUAAGUCUCGCAGGAUUUUAUUUUAAAAUUAAUUAAUGUACAGGAACAAUCGAGAAUUGAAAUUUGGAUACAUAGGGUGGUCCAGAAAGAAGUAAGAAAAAAUUAAGGGACGAUUUUACUUGUAAACGUAAUGGCACAAGUUCCUAUGAUGCUUUCGAAAAAUCAAUAGGAAGAAGUUACAUAACCUCAAAGCAACUUUUUUAUUGAUAUUUUGCUUGAAAAUAAACGAUUUAUAAGGAAAGGAAAAAAUGAAAUUCUGGAACACUGGAAAGGGUAAGUGGCCCAAAAAAUUGAUCGUAACUUUUCUAUUUGCGAUUUUCAAAAAAAUAAUAAUAAUUACUAAAAAAAUCAUACAAAGUGGUUCGCUUUUUCUAAGUUGAUAACGUUAAGUGUUUCCGAGAAGAAAUAGUUAAAUAUCUGAGGACUAUGUUUUGCAUGGUAAAUUAUAAAUUUUAAAUUUCACAAUUUUUAUAAAUUCACCGAUGUGAUAAUGUGGCCGAUUUUAAUAAUGGACAGUGCCCAGGGACGUAUUUUCCUAAGAGGUCGUCCAUGAAUCGUGAGAUUUUUAGGCCAACAUUGCGUGUGUUUUUUGUUAAAAAAAAACUUCAAUAUUUUCAGAAUACUUUUUUAAGAAAAUCAAUGAAGAAAAAAGCCGACGGUUGUGAACCAGCACGAGCGAGGCGUCGGUUGAUCUUACAAAGAUCGACCGUGUCAAUUGCGUGUUACUUAUCGUGAUGUCAUAUCGCAGCUUACAGUAAGGCAUUCUUGGGCAUGGUUGCGUGAAAAUAUACCCUCAUUGUGAGCAAUAGUGCUGUUAUCCAAAGCCGCCCCCCUAUUUGGACCUCACAUGAUUAAUGGAUGGCCCCUAAGGACAUAGGGGGCGAUGUCCCAAGGCGGUCCAAGGGCGGCCGUCCCUCUGGGUUUUUUGCUGACAUUCUGCGUUUACUAACGUACUGGGGCAGCCGAUUGUAUUCACCCAGGGCGGAUCAUUUUGAAGUACAUCCCUGACAGUGCAUGAAACGUUAUUUUAUGUUCAAAUUACAGUUUCAUUAUAAAAUAGAGAAUUUUUUACUGUUUUUAAAGGCUGCCCAAAGUGUUAAACAUAUUUUUUUUUUGUUUAUAAACAAGGUGUCUCCACAAAUGCCACAAAUAACUAACUUCAAACAAUUAUGUGUCCUUUAGGGCUUCAGUACUUUUUCCAUAAGUGCAAUUUGUUAAUUAAACAAAAUUUUAAAUAAUCACUACUAAAAUAGAAAACUUCAAUUAGAAAAGAAUAUCUUUGAAGUUAUGUAAUUCCCCUGACACUGAAAACUCAAAAAGGAACCUGGCCAUUAUUUUUGUUAGUAGAAUCUUUCCUUAAAUUGUUUGCGCUUUGUAGUAUAUAUUUUUAAAUUUAAAUUUCAGACACUCAAGACGGUGCAGAAUUUUCAUAUCCUUGGAUAAAUUUAUUGACAGGUAUAUUUACAUUUAUUUUGUUUAAAUAUAUUGUUCACUAAAAGUUUUGGGUUUACCGUUAAGUGUAGUGCGACUAAAUUUGCAUCACUUUUUAAUUGUGGGUUACAUUUUUUCCAUAAUAAUUUUAUAUUUCCACUAUUUACUUUUUUUUUCUAAUAUACUUUUUUUCAUAACAUCAAACUUAAACUUAUUGUCAUGCAUCAUGAUCAAAACUUGUUUUUAUCAAUCUGUUUAAUUUUUUUUUAAUUUUUUGUCAUCCCGUUCCUUUAAAAAUUUUCGUUAACAGUAGGGGUUGAGGUUUCUUCUAAUUUUACGCGUUUAUCCAAAAUAGAGCAGUUUUUAAUUUAAACUUAAAUUCAAGUGCAGUUCAAAUCCUAAUUACUGUUAAAUAAAAUUAGUUGAGCAAUGGAAUGGAGCUGGUUUAUACCUUUUUACAAAAGUUUUGCCUCUCGAAGACCGUUUAGUUAGCGUGAAUUUCGAUCCAAUUUUAUACUGAGACUAUAUUUUAUUAUGAAUGUCCUAGGUUUGGAAAUAACCUAAUAAUUUUUUUUCGAAUACUUAUUGUUUACAAAUGGAAUGUCCGUGUGAUGUAAGGACCAGUCACACUAAAGGAUAACAUUCAGUCAUCUUUGGUAUGUGUACAUAGAGUACCCAAUUUUGUAUUAUAUGUAAUAUAGUUUCGUUCAUAACAUUUCCAAACAGCCACUUCAAAUGCCAUGUUGGUAGCUUGUACACUUAUUAAGGAUAACUGCGACACCACCACAUCUCCCCCACUCCGCUAGUGAUAUGUAUAUAUGUUAAUCAUUUUUAAAUUGUAUCACAUGUAUUUAUAUAGAAAAAAAAUGUUUAAUAGUGUAAUAUUGUAAAAUAAUCCAUUUUGUACUUAGAAAUUAUUUGUAUUGUAUUUUUAUCAUGUGAAAUAAUUGUUUGCGUCUCUGCCUUUUGCCCGGCUCGUUUCUGAUCUCUUAAAUUCGAAAUUGAAGACUUCCACCCCACAUAUUCCCUAACGUCUCUUCCUCCCGUUUCCGAAUCCUGUCGAAUAGAACGGACAUUUUUUAUAUUUAAGAAAGGGUCGGAGGAGAGGCAAAAGCGUUUUAAAAUAGUGUGGUGGGGAGUAUCGGUAAGAUGGCCAAUUCCUUUGAAGAUGGCAGACUGAUGUAAAGAUACUAAACAAGAUGUAAAGUGUAAAUUCCAUUUGGUUAUCACGUUGUAAAACUGUAUAAUACAUGUGUAAAAAUAUGAGCCGUUUUGGGUAUCAUGUAAUUAAAUUGUAAACUAUGUAUUCUAAAUUGGAGCGAUCUGUUUGUUUUAUUGUACUUUGCGGCGGGGCGCCACGCCCUGCCCGCUUGUAGGGUAGCUGGACGGGGAUCACUUAUGUUCACAACAAUAUGGCUCUCUGCGGAUCUACGGCUGUAUAUUAUAUUUAUUAUGCGAUCUGUUUUAUGAAUGUGUAAAUUUAGUUAUCGAAUGCAUGCUAGUUUAUUAGGAUAUCAAUAUGUAUGAUAAUGUAUUUCGAUUUUAUUAUUUUUUACCACGGUAGUAUAAUAAAUAAUAAACAAAUAAUUA